AUGGCCUAUACCUAUCUUCAUCCUCUGCUGCGUGUCUUCGGUUCAGUGGUGGCUCUAAUUCUUCUCCUCAUCUGUUUGUUCGCCGGUAGUUCACCCAACUUCCUGCCCGAUGCUGAGAUUUUCAGAGUUGACCUCUCUCAACUGCCUACUACUCAGGAUGGCCCAAAUAUUGUCAAUGUCUACCUGAUGUCCUACUGUGUAGGACUUGAGCAACAAUUCAUCGACGCAGACAACACCACCACAACUAAAACAAGCAUGAGCAAGUGCUCCGAUCGCAGUGUCCUGUUUCAUUUCAAGCCAUUCGAAGCAAUCAGGGAAGCCACAGGAAUCCAAGAACCUGGGGAGGAACAGUCCUUUUCAACCAGCAUCGAUGCCCUCACCCCCGCAAGUCGAGCGAUGACGGUGUUCUUCAUCUUAGGAGCCAGUUUCGUCAUCCUAUCGAUACUGAUCCGUAUCGCCGCCCACCACUUUAGACGACGCUUCGCACGUUACCGCAUACCGGAUUCAAAGACACAGCCUUUGCCCGGUCAUCCAGAUUAUUCCAUCCGGGGGAAUCUCGAAACACCGCCUUCCUACCUAGAACUUUUUUCAUUAAUGCUCAGCACCAUGUGCCUUUUAAUCGCUUCAAUCAUCACUUCCGUGGUAGCUGCGAAUUUUGUCUCAUUACUCCGAACCGACGAUUUCGAUGUUUCGGCCCGGCACAAUAACACUUUCCUCGGGAUGGCAUGGAGUGCAACUGUGAUACAGGCCUUUCUUACCAUACACAAAGUGGCUUCCUUGAUGCGGUAUGAGUCUCAAUAUUCUUUACAGGACUCGGAUGAGUAUUCUUUAAACCGUGGUAUUGGGAAUAGGGCACUGUUCAGCCGUAUCCAAUGA